AUGAGCACUUUCCUCCAAACUGGAAAAAAGGUGAGCGAACCAAGAGCGAACUUUUACGAGUCCGUUAGGAGUCGUUUCUAUGCGUGUAAAACAUGGGGCCCUGGGUGCGAGCGCGAGCGCACCGGAGGCCGAAACUACGUCGCACAUGCCAACGAGCUUAACAACGCAGUUCCCAAAGCACCUUUCUUCUUCCUCAAGCCCACUUCAAGCUAUCUGCCCUCGGGAGGGAAGGUCGAAAUACCACAAGGAGUUGUUGCACAUCACGAAGGCAAGUCCAAUUAUGCUCUUCAUUCAGUUCAUUGA